UGUCACGCCCCGAACGGUCACACUGCGCGUCACAUUUUUAAUUGUUUCGAUUUGCCUUUCAUUGUUUCCCGUAUUCGGCGAAUUAGUCAAAAUGCCAGCGGUUGUGCGGAUCAAGCGACGCAUCGACGAGGAGCCGCACACCGCAUUCGUGCUGAACGGCAAGCGGCGGCGUCUCCACAACGAUGAGAAUACUCUGGAGGACUCAGGAGCGGUGGCGGGAGCUGCGGCAUCGGACAAAGACGAAUUGACUACCGUGCUCAAGUUUGCCGGCACGCUGGAGAAGCAGGACGACUGUGCCACUCGCCAAUUUGCAGCUGCAAGACUGAACAAGGCCGCAGCCCGCGAGCUGGUGCAACAGCAGCGUUCCAAUGAUGCAGCCAUUGCCAGUGCGCUGCGGCGAGAUCGUCAGCGUCAGGAGGCUCAGGAAAAUGCACGGGAGCAGCGUUUCCGGGUGGUUAACUGCCUACGCAGCACCCUCGAAAAUAGUGCCGCAGAAGCGGAAUUCCCGGAGAGCCCAAGUCAGGAGUCCAGCAGCCACAUAACCAUCGUGGACAUUGAAUCGCAGCAGCAGCAGCAAGCGGGCACUGAAAACGCUGCAGCUCAGGAGCAGCAGCUGGAGAUAGAACCCAGCCACGAUCAGCAGCAACCAGCCGAUUCGGACGUGGGCUAUGUUUACGAUCUAUAUGUGCCCGAGAACGAGAUGCAGGCGGCUUAUGUGGAUAUGAUGGACGACAACUACUUAAGGUUGUAUUAUCCGUUUAAUUACUACAACAACUGCUACUGGUAAACAAGAAAAAACAAUAUGGAGAGAGACAGACAAACCCCAGGCACUUAGGAAGUGUGAUGACACCCAACGCCUCCACCCACGACAAUAAAAAAGGACUGCAACUGGCAACUCACAUCACUUAUAGUUCAUUAAAAUUACCAUCUGACAAAUGCCCAACGUGGUUUUUAUGAGAUUAACACGGCAUGAUCUGAAAACUAAUGAUUCUGAAAGCUAUUUGAUUUGUUACUGUGAGAUUCCGUUCAAUUUAAAUUCAACUAUGUUUUGCCAUAUUCCAUUUAUAAAUAUGUUAGAUAAAAACCUAUACAAAUAAAUAAUGUAUCAUAAUUAUGUAAAGUUCUCAUAAUUCCCUCUUGCCAAAGUUUUUAAUAAAAAAACAUGUAUUCUACUAAAUACGCACAAUAAGUGAACUACUUGGAAUAAUUUUAGGCAAAUGUCGCAUUACCUUAUGUUCAUAGAAUUAAUUAGCUAUUAGAUUAGAAUAAUUUACCCUCACGCCGCACACACACACACCGCACUUUUAAAAUCAGCUCACCGAGCAUUUUUCGUUUAGUUUUUCGUUUGCCAGUUGUCAGUUUUUGUUCUUUUUCAUUCCGACAAUAAACAACGGAUAACACUUGUGCUGAAGUCUAA